AUGGAUGAGGAUUUCAAGAAAAUGUUCGUCGAAAUAAUGGGUAAUCAGCAGAAAAUUUUAAAUGAGCUAGUCAUGUCUCGGACAAUAUCAACGGCUACUGCAGGACCAUCGUCGACUGAUGCUCGUAUGGAAUCUCUUGCCAAUUCCAUGACAGAAUUCCACUACGAUCCCGUGUCUAACCUCACAUUCGACAACUGGUAUAGUCGUCAUGAGGAUACUUUCCGAGUCGAUGCAGCUAACCUGGAUGAUGCUGCUGAAACACGUCUACUGCUCCGCAAGCUUAGCGACGCCACUCAUGCGGAGUACAUGAACCACAUUCUACCAAAAACAACACGAGAUUUUUUGUUCGACGAUACUGUGGCAAAGUUGAAGCAGCUCUUCAAUGCACAUGCAUCUCUUUUUUGUAAGCGAUACCGCUGUCUCACGCUUAACAAGAAGACCUCCGAUGAUUUUCAAACAUAUGCCGGUUUUGUAAACCGACUCUGUGAAGAUUUCGGCGUAUCUACGUGCAAUGUGGACGAGUUCAAGUGUCUGAUCUUCGUUUGCGGUCUACACGCACCUCAGGACGCUGAAAUUCGAACCGCUCUGCUUGCUAAGCUGGAGGGUAAUAAAUCAAUGACGCUCGACAAUCUCACUACAGAGUGUCAUCGUAUCAUCAAUCUUCGGAAAGACGCUUCAAUUGUAGGAUGUCACAGCGAGAAGGCGUCGGUCAACGCUAUCAAUCCGACGAAGUACACGGAGAAGCCAAUCGUUUCCAAACCUGCAUCGAAAAUUCCACCGACACACAACAACAACAAUCACCAAAACAAUAGUGAGAGCAACAACAAACCGAGGACGCCGUGUUGGAAAUGCGGCCAGCUACACUACGUUCGCGAUUGCCCUUUCCACGACCAUCGGUGCCGCGAAUGUAAUAGUAUUGGGCACAAAGAGGGCUAUUGCCAGUGUGUGUCGUCGUACCCAGGCAAGAAACGGAGAUGGAAACAACAAGCACCACAAACAAAGGGUAUUUAUUCCGUUCGACAAGUAGCUGCUCGUGAUAAGAGAAAAUACGUCACCGUGUUUAUCAACAACAAUGAAGUUGAUCUUCAGUUGGAUUGCGCUUCAGACAUCAGCAUCAUUACUAAAGCCAACUGGGAACGAAUCGGACGUCCACCAACCAAGCCCCCGUCACAACAAGCCCGCACUGCUUCUGGUCAACCACUGCCGCUCAUCGCAGAGAUCGAUUGCGACGUUAUGCUGAAAGGCGUUCAUCGUUCAGGCCUCGACUCCAUCGAACUUUUCAAUCCGUGGAAUGUUCCCCUGAGCACGGUCUGCAACAACAUUACGCUAACUAACGAUGUAUCGUGGCUUAAAGCAUCAUAUCCACAGCUGUUCUCUGAUACUUUUGGUUGCUGCAAUAAAACAGAAGCGAAGCUCUAUCUAAAGCCUGAUGUUCAACCUGUUUUCCGGGGAAGAAGACCUGUUCCAUUUGCCGCACUAGAGCUAAUCGAGACCGAGCUAAAGCGAUUGGAAGAGUUGAAAAUCAUAUCGCCGGUAGAGUUUUCUGAUUGGGCGGCACCCAUCGUUGCCGUUCGGAAAAAAAUCACAAGAAGUGCCAUUCAGCCAAACCAGCAUCCUCUCCCGCUUCCCGAGGAAAUUUUUGCAAAGCUUUCCGGUAGCAAAAUUUUCUCACACAUCGACUUGUCGGAUGCCUAUUUGCAAGUUCCGGUUGAAAAAGAUUCCAGGCAGUACCUCACGAUGAACACUCAUCGCGGGCUGUUCGAGUUUAAUCGCCUACCCCCAGGUGUUAAGUCUGCCCCUGGCACUUUUCAAAAGAUCGUCGAUGCCAUGGUAGCUGAUCUGGAAGGAGUCGAAACGUACCUCGACGACGUAUUAGUUCAUGGUAAGAACGACAAAGAACAUCGAGACCGUUUACUGAAGCUUCUGGAGCGCAUCCAGGAGUGGGGCUUCACACUGCGCAUAGAAAAGUGCUCGUUUUUCAUGCCGGAAAUCCACUAUCUCGGUUUUAUCGUUAACCAUCAAGGGAUUCGGCCCGACCCAAAGAAAACAGCAGCAAUAUGUAACAUGCCGCCCCCACACGACGUCAGUACCCUGCGGUCGUACCUAGGCGCAAUAAAUUUUUAUGGCAAGUUUGUUCGCAACAUGCAUGACCUCCGAUAUCCACUCGACGCUCUUCUUCAGAAGGAUUCCAAGUGGGAUUGGAACGAAAGCUGUCAACGUUCAUUCGAGCAGUUCAAAAACCUGCUUCGUUCGGAUCUGCUGCUCACUCAUUAUGACGCGCAACUCGAAACGAUUGUCGCAGCAGAUGCAUCAAAUCAUGGGGUCGGCGCGUGUCUUAUGCAUCGAUACCCAGACGGUGCGAUGAAGGUCGUGUGUCACGCCUCCCGGACGCUAACUCCAGCGGAACAGCGUUAUGGCCAGGUGGAAAAAGAGGCACUGGCACUCGUUUUCGGUGUGACCAAAUUCCAUCGGUUCAUAUAUGGAAGAAAAUUCAGCCUACACACCGAUCACAAACCGUUGGUCGCAGUAUUCGGGUCUAAAAAAGGCAUUCCCAUUCACACAACUAACCGCCUGCAACGGUGGGCCCUUGUACUGCUGUCGUACGAUUUCGACAACAUACACGUCGCUACGCAGGACUUUGGUUAUGCAGACAUCCUUUCGAGGCUCAUCGAUCCCCGAGCAAAACCUGACGAUGAUUUUGUGAUUGCUUCGGUCCAGCUUGAGAACGACGUCUCAGUCACCGUUGAUGCCGCACUUACUGCCCUGCCGGUAACUUUUAAACACCUUCAAGCUGCUACUGAUAAGGACAAGCUGCUUAAAAAAGUUAUUGGGCACGUGCAAACUGGAUGGCCGAAAUCUAUCAAGCAAGUGAGCAACGAACUCCGCCCGUUCUACGCUCGUAAGGAAAGUAUUUCUCUCGUGCGUGGGUGCCUCAUGUUAGCCGGUCGAAUCGUUGUGCCGACAGAAUUUCAACAACCGGUACUCAAGGCUCUUCAUAAAGGACAUCCUGGCCAAGAGCGAAUGAUGUCAGUGAUGAGAAGCCAUGUCUACUGGCCAGGCGUGGACCAGGAUGUGGAAAACUUUGUUUCAGCAUGUCGUGCUUGCGCAUCAGUAGCCAAAGCCCCGCCAAAAACAUUACUCUCUUCUUGGCCUCAAGCAAGUUACCCCUGGCAACGGCUUCACGUGGAUUACGCUGGUCCUUUCGAAGGAUUUUAUUUUCUGGUUAUUGUCGACUCCUACAGUAAGUGGCCAGAGAUCAUCCGUACAUCAACCAUCACCAGCAGCGUGACAAUCGAGCUGCUUUUCGAAACGUUCGCUCGGUACGGACUACCAGAAACCAUCGUCAGCGAUAAUGGUACGCAGUUUUCCUGCAACCAAUUCAAGGAAUUUUGCGAGUCUCUGGGCAUUGUCCACAUCCGUACAGCUCCGUACCAUCCGCAGUCCAAUGGACAAGCGGAACGUUUCGUUGAUACGCUUAAGCGGAGUCUGAGAAAAAUCAUGCCAGAAACGCAAAACUCAAUUUCCCGCUCACUGCAAAUCUUCUUGUCCGCCUAUCGAUCAACAUCAAACAAAUCAGCUCCAGAUGGACUGUCUCCGGCUGAAAUUUUGAUGGGGAGGAAACAUCGAACUGUUUUAGAUUUGCUGAAACCUCCUGCGGAUUUUGUCCUCCAGAAAAACCAACAUAUGGAAAACCAGUUCAACAGGCACCAUGCGGCAAAGAAACGAAAUUUCGAAAAAGGCGAUCAAGUGUACGCAAGCACUUUCAAGCAUGGAAAACUUGUGUGGCUUCCCGGAACCGUCAUCGAACGCGUUGGCAACGUCAACUUUAAUGUGUUGCUAGAUGGAAGCAGACUCAUCAGAUCACACACCAAUCAACUCCGUGCUCGGGGGAACUCUAAAGUCGAGGUCUAUCCGGAAGCUUCAUCGGAUCAUCAGCUGCCGUUGCACGCCUUGCUCCAGGAUUUCCAGCUUUCCGAAAGCUCACCAACACCAACGACCCAACCAGCUCCUUCUGUGCCACGUAUACCGUCAGAAAGUCGUCCACUUCGUCGAUCCGCCGUACGCCUGUGA